GAGGUGGAAACUACCUGCACCUUUUUUCUGUCACAUUGACAGAAAAUCAUGAAAGUGAAGCACUGAAUCUUAGGAACUCAAUUAUAAUAUAAAUUUGCAACUCUGUACCUCAAUAUAUUUAGAGUAGGUGAAUAAUAAUCGCAAUAUAAUUAUGUGAAUAGUUGAGACCAAAAUGGGCACAUAAAUAUGGGACCAAAAUUAUACCAUGUCAUAUUUUGGUUGGCUCUUCUGUACACGCCAAACUCGAGCCAAGACCCGGACAAGGAACUGCUAUUGCCAAGAGAACGGCCUCAAAGAUGGCGGGUGAAAACCACCAGCAGCAGCACAUCCGAGCCACUAGCCAAGUGCAAGGAGAUGAAACCCACGCCCAGGGAUAUAGUCAGGCGGAUUUAUGCCAUAUUGCCGUAUUUUGACCGCGGUCGCCAGAACGUGGAGUUCCUCCAGCGGUACCGAGUCUCCAUCAACAGGUUGUCAGAAAGCGAAGACUUGGUGGACCGAGAAGUCUCAUUCUACGCGGCAGUUCUUACGCCUCUUGUGUUCCUGCAACGAUAUAAAGACGCCAAAUGCUUGCUAGAACGGUUCCAGCAGGCACUGGAAUCAUUUGACACAUACCCUGCAUUCGAUAAAAGAGUUGCACUGAAAAACCUCCAGAGCUUACGCGAACUUAGCCACAAGAUCCUAGUGUUCGUGAGCACCUUGCCUGACAAAAGGCCUCCAACGCGCACGCCGGAACCAGAUUCUCCGGACGAGGAGGAAUACCACAUGACCAAAUUGACCAACAAGAACGAUGUGCGGUUCCUCAAGGAGCUCAUCAAGAACCUUGGAUGAAUACAUGUUUUGUUUUAUACAGAGUUUGAUUUCUGAACCUUAAUAUUUUAGAAGGGAU